CUAUCAUAGUCACGAUGGGUGCGUAUCUUUUAUUAGCUUAUAGCACUGUUGUCCCCAUAGACUGUAUUGUUGUCACACGUCUUUAUGUCCUCUGUUUUGGCAACACAAGUCCAUGCACAUGCCGGAUAUGAGUUACAGAGACGAUCUCCUCGUGACUGAGAGCAGCAGCGGAUUGGUGGAAAGUCUGAGUCGAGCCUCCAGAACAGUGCGCGUGUUGCGUGCGUGUUGGUGUGUGUGUGAGGUGGAGUUGUAAUGUGGUGCAGGAGCUUGUUAAAGUUAUUUAAACCCACACUGUGCUGGCACGCAGAUCCGUCGUCAGGUUUGGUUUAGAGUCUCUUUGAUCUUCCGGGUAACUGUCUGGUGAAGGCGGGAGUUCAUGUUGGACAUGUCAGGUCAUGCCAGAACAAAACACAUUCCGAUCUGCCCAAAGAAACCACUGCCAGGAUUUUUUCUCAAUGGGGAUGUGUAGCUCUACGUAAGUGUGUGUGUGUGUGUGUGUGUGUGUAAUGUUGGGCGGGAAUGGUGGGCGUGCCGCAGCAUCUUUGUAUGAAAGCCAUGUGCGACACCAAGGAGAGUCACAGGAGGCAACUUUACGCACAGAGGCAACUUUACGCACAGACACACUUGUCAUUUUGGUGAUAAACUGCUAUAAGAAGACAUGCAGCUGCUGAGGACCUUCGCUCCCUGGUUGCUGUUGGCCUUCCUCGGGCAGCAGGUCUCUCUGUCCUCUGGUGCUCGCAACAAGAACCGAGGAGCGGACAGAACCGCAACCCCAGCCCCGGGAAGACCGCAGAGAAGCGGGUCUAAGUCGGCAGCAACCGGCAAGGGCAAGUUCCCCAUCACUGCCCGAAAUAUGCAGUGCACGUGGGGGGCUAAGGAUGUUGGGGACACGGUUAGACUGUCGGUCAAAUGCGCGAACUCGCAGGCGCGCAUCAGUGGCGGGGUGACCGAUCUGGAGUGUGAAUAUGAAGGCAAACCUCAGCGCUGCCCUGGCUACCAGUCCGACCCCAAGGGCUUUUGGAAACAAGUGGGACGCGCGUUCAAAAGGCUGCAAGCCAAAGCGUGCCGUGACGACCGCGUACUGGUGAGGGCUGGCAUGUGUAAGCGCGCCCCCCGGGAUGCGCACUUCAAGCUGGAUAUCAACAGCUCCAUGGUCUCCGCGCAGUCAGGAGGGCUUACUGAUGGUGUCCUCCCCCCAGCCCGUACCACCAGUUCCCCUACUGCCGGACCAAAAGCCUGCACUGGGCGCGAGCAGCAGAAGAAAAAGGCGCAGGAGAACUGCGGCAGGUGGGCCAGUUUGUGCACAUUCUUUUUCUCCAUGCUGCAAAGUGACGACUGCUGAAGCUUCAGACUCAAGCAGGGGUUGUGGACAUGAUCAGACCGAUAUAGGAUUUAUUUCAGGACUUUUAUUUUCGUAUAAGUGGUGACACAGCUGCAGCUGUCGACAGAUCUGUCAUUUUAAAGCAGUAAUGGACAGAUGUUCUCCCCUCAGUCAGUGGCGGAGCCAGGGGGUGACCAGGGGUGGCCAUGGACACCUCUGAAAACUGAUUGGCCACCCCAGUGGCCACCCUGAAAUUCUUAAACAUGAUUGGCCAUUUGCCAUUUCAGAGGCAUUACUUAUAUUAAAAUCAGUUAUUGUGUUGUUGUGUUUCAACAAGCUGCAGAAACAGUAGUUUCUUUGCAUUUGAAUAUUAUUUUUGUUGAUGCUUUGAUUUUGGACAAUCAUCUUCAUUUUGAGUCCUUAAAGAGUUCAGUUCAGCACAUUUAAAUGUUGACACUGUCGAGUUACAUUUUUAAUCUUAACAUUAGAAAUCUACACAUUUGUAACAUUUGUUAAGUUAUUCUAUGAAAAGAAGUUAAAGUAGAUGUGAUUAUUGGAGGUAACCCUACUAGGUUUGGGAUAAGCCCCUAAUGUUUUCCACGCCUGGCCACCCCUUAACAGGCAGCGCCCCAGUUUGGCCACCCAGGUCAAAACUGUCUGGCUCCGCCACUGCCCUCAGUGCACUUAUUCAUGAAGUGAACGGACUGAUGUUCAGUUUUCACGCUCAUCAACAUGAUAUGUAAUAGAACUCAUGCAGAUGCUCGAUCAGGUACUUUCCUGGUGUUUUUAACCAGUCUGAACAGAAAACACUGUUAUUAUAUUCAUUACAUGCAGUGAUGCAUCAGCAGCAGUCAAAGUAACUCUAAAGUACUGUGUUUGUACAUUUUUUUGGCACUUGUAUGUAACUAGAGAAUUUCAACAUAAUGUAUUUUUGCCAUUUAAACAGCACUUGUUACUUUUCAGAUGUUCCUCAAAAUCAUGUUGUGAGAUUAUAAAGUAUGAUUAAUGAAACAUAGAAUAGUCAAAGUACAUAAAGUGGAAAACUAAAAUACUUUUCACAGAUCAAUUCUUUUUUGUAAGAAUAACCUAAUAAUUUAUUAUAAUGGCACAACACUUGAAGCCAUCACUUGACAUAUUGAGAACUUUUGUUACUGGACGUAUAUUUUGCUUCGGUGCUUUUCCUUCAGUCAUUCAGGUGUGUGUUUGCAAAAUGCUCUGAAAGUUUUGCAUCUUCAGGAUCAAGUCUGGAUUGUAGACGCUGAACUAAAGUUUAAGUUGGACCUGUUUCUACUUUGAACAUCAUUUUUAUAGUGUGUGUUUUUUUCUACUGAAACAACCUGGAUACUUUUUUGCACCACUGUUCACGACACAGAACUCAAGAUUCAUUGUGAUCUCUGCUACCUCUGGUCAACUUUAUCCAUCACCCAUGUAAAACACCACUGUAUUAAUGCACCUCAAAUAAAUAUUUUCUAUUUACA